UUUCUGUUAUCUAUGGUAUUAACCAAUACGUAAAUAUAGAACAUAUGUUACUAUAAUUUUACAAAAUAAUUAGUUACUUAAUUUUAAACUACAUUCGCAUGUGAAAUGGAUGAACAACAUAUUCCCAUCGAUAUAAACACAAAUAAAAUACUAGAUUGGUUAAUUAGUCGAAGACAUGUAAGUAAGGAUUGGCAAAAUAAUAUUCUAAAUAUUCGUGAAAAAAUUAAUGCUGCGAUUCAAGACAUGCCUGUCCAUGAAGGCAUAAUUAAAUUGCUUUCUGGACAACACAUCAAUUAUUUUCAUUGUUUAAAAAUAGUGGAUAUUCUUAAAGAAACUGAAGCUGACACAAAAAAUGUCUUUGGUCGUUAUGGUUCACAAAGAAUGAAAGAUUGGCAAGAUAUUAUACAUAAAUAUCAAAAGGAAAACUUGUACCUCGCAGAAGCUGCCCAAAUUCUUAUAAGGAAUGUAAAUUUUGAAGUUCCAAGUUUAAAGAAACAAAUUGCCAAGUGUGAGCAGACACAGCUGGAUUGUGAAAAAAAAAUUAAAGAUUAUGGAAAAGCAGAAACAUCAACACUGAAUGAAUUUAAACAAACAUGUAAACAGUUAGGAAUCCCUGGGCAAAAUAUCAAAAAAGAAUUGAUUGGAUUACUAGAUGAGCUCCCAAAAAUUUAUAAAGAAACCGCCUCAAAAAUGAAAGGAGUGGAAGAUGCAAUUAAGUUAUAUUCUGCCUUUGUGAGUUUUCUUUCCAAUUUAGAUAGAAACAUGGAGGUUUUACCAACAUUGUCGUACCUUAUCAAAAAUGGUAAUAGUACAACUUAUGAGUAUAUGUAUGGAGAGAAACCUUUAUCAAUUGAAUCUCCUGAACUAAAAUAUUCAGAUGAUGAAAGCCAACAAAAUGCCGAAGAAAUUGAUUAUGGAGGUGACAUAGAUUUUGGUGAUAUUAACACUGAAAAUAUAACAAUUGAUUUUGAAAACAAGGAGACGGAUGAAGAAAUAGAUUGGGGAAAUUUGAAAACAGAAGAUGGGUUUGAGAUUGUUCAACAUUCAGAUUUGGAUGUUUCUUUAGAAGAGUCUGGUAUAGUUGUUGAAAAUUCUGGACUGGAUGGUGGAAUUGCACGUGGGGAAGAAGCAUUAACAAUUCUAGACAAUCCAAAAACCCGAGAUCGCAUUCUGAACGAUUUAAUUGAGCUCAGCGCUUUCUUGAAGAUGCGCAUUUUUGAAAUGUCAAGCGAAUCUAGUUUAUUUUCUAUUUCCCAAAUGCCAGAUGCCCCCACAAUUCUCUUAAUGCAGACUGUAGAAACUGUAACUGCAAUACAUGAUAACGUUCAGAUUGCACUUAAUGAGAUAAACAACAAACGACUGCAACAUUUACAUAAUAUUAAACACUCCCCCAAGUACUUGGAUAUGUUAACAUCAACUUUAAAGCAGAAACUAUCAAUUGUUGAACGGUUGCAACAAAAAAAGAAGUGCCUUGAAGAUCAGAUAGUUGCGUCGCAAGCAGAAAUUAAAAAAAUUAAACCAAUUUUGAACACUAUCAUAUCAAAUACUAAAGUAUUACAAAAACAAAUUGAAGAAGAAAUAUCCAAAAAGUAUAAAGGAAGACCAGUUCAUAUUGUCGGAGGUGUGAAUGUACUGAAUUAAUUAAAUUAAGAAAAAUUUAAUA